AUAUAUUUCCACUACUUUGUGUAUUCUCGAUCACUGCUGAGGAUUUUUUCCAACUGUGUCUAUAUGUGCAGUUUCCUCAUCUCAUAAAGGGUAAAACGCCAUUUUCCGUAGUGCAGCAAAUAUUCUCGUAAACAGGUGAGGUUUCUGUAUCCUGGAAAAACAUAUCCUUAGUAUUAAUAGUACCAUUCCAAGGCCUUCUCCGAGCCCUACUCUCAUUCUGAGGUUUCCCUAGAGUUGUAACAGGACUAAACCGAGGGAACGAACGUCCAUCCACAGGCGGCUUUCGGCUUGAGACAGCGAAAGGACCUCCCCCCCCUUUCCUUUCUUUUAAGACACAAACUAGGCGGUUCAAAGCACCACUGGGCCCCAACCCCGUGUCGUUGUUACCCCAUUUCUGUCUUACAGUCCUGCCGAAGGGCAUUUUCCCUUAGCUCUACGCUACACCUUGAGAGGGCGUGGUCAGAGUGCAAUGCCCAAUCCCUAUCGUCAUAACGACAAGGCGGCUCGCUUUGUGGACUACUACGCGUCUGCGGAUAUGCUCAAGGAGUCCGUGAAUCGACUGUAUUACGGUGGGAUGGCGUGGAAAAGGGCGACGGUGGCGCAGACGGAGCAGAUGAUUUACCCUCCGGAGCCGGUGGUCUGCCGGACGCAGACCGAGAUCGACGACUAUCUCCAUCACCGCGUCCAUCACGAGCUCCUUCGACGACAACAACACCGUGUGGCUCUCCAACGGGAGCUUUAUCCCGAACCCAAGGGGAGUCGGCGUGUGCUUAACGAGAGAGAGCUCCAGAAACACAUCAAACAUGUCUACAACGAUCCCAUACGCCGUCAGAAGCUUCGCCAGCGCGAGAUUGAGCGUGUCUUUGGGACGGAGCGGAGAAUCAACCCCGUAGGGCGGGCCCCCGAGGAGGAGAAGACGCUGAAGGCCUUGGAGGCGAGCUGGAGGCCGCCUUCCGCUUCCCCACCCCAUGACGACGACAAUCAUCGUCUGCUUGUUUCGCAAUACGAAUACUACGCUGAUCCGAAUAAGGCUUCUGAUUUAUUUCUACGCCAGCGACGCCUUACAACGCAGAAGGAUCGUGAACAAAAUCUACGGCGUCUGGCCGAUUUGGCAAAGCCGCAGCUCAUCACACCGCGGCAUAGUGAUGAAAAAGAGUCGAGUAGGGGUCCUAUCUUUCAUGUGCAUCGUAAGAUCGACUACAAAGACUAG